CAUGAAGAUUUCAUAAAAUCCAAAAUAAAUUUGCAACAUGCGUUUUAUUUACUUAAUACAUAUUAUUUUCUUCUUCAAAGUUCAAUUCAUUUACAUGCAGCAUAUAAAUGAUUGGUUUGAUAUAACAAUGGCGUUUACAAAUUCCGUUCAAAAUUAUAUAAAGAACAGUUGUCCCGGAUCGAAUUUAGAAGCAGUAAUAACAAAGAGGAGCCUCAAAUACCUAACAAUGACCGUCGCCAACAGUGACAAAGUUCUACCAAACAAAUACAAUUUCUACCAAAUGAAACAACUAGCCUUUGACCCAGAUAUGGAUUUUAAGAAAAAGACUGUGUUGUACGUAGGUGGAUACCUGGACAGCCCUGGCUUCGUAUUCGCUAGGAACAUAGCUGCUGUGUACAAAGACUUGGGAUAUAAUGUUUUACUACUGGAUACUAAUUUGUUUACCACAAUGCAAUACCCCAGGGCUGCCCGUUUCAUGCGAGCUGUUGGCAAGAAUACAGCAAAAAUGCUAGCGGAACUGACGGAGUACGGUCUAGAUCCCAAAAAGCUAGAAAUUGUAGGUCUCAGUCUAGGCGGUCAGACAGCCAGCUUCAUAGCCAAGCACUACAGAAAGCUUAAAGGACUUUCUGUAUCUAGACUUACAGGGUUAGACCCAGCUGGCCCUUGUUUUCGAAACUUGGGACCAGAGGAAAGAAUUGAUAAAAGUGACGCUGAUUUUGUCGAAAUAGUUGCCACAAAUAUAGAUGGAUACGGAAUGGCUGCGCCAGUGGGACAUGUCAAUUUCUACGUUAAUGGUGGUGAAUACCAACCAGGCGAUGUGCUGUGGACCUUUUGCAACGUUAUAUGCAGCCAUAUAAGGUCGUAUUUCGUAUGGAUAGCCGCUUUAAGGAAUCCCAACUCCUUCAUUGGAUUACAGUGCGAUUCUGUGCAAUCAGCGAGGGAGAAAAAUUGCUAUGAAAGACAACCAAGGAUUACUAAUGUGCUGGGCUUGAAUUGUGAUAAAAGUAAGGAAGGGAUAUUUUAUCUGAAUACAGAUAAUAAAUACCCGUAUUAUUUGGGCAAACAGGGGUUAUUAAAGGAAAACGAUUUCGUACUGUCCAAAAUGAAAGAAAUGAAUGCUGAAAGUGUUAUAAAGAUAUAAGAUUUUGUGGACAAAUAAAUUGAUUGAAUCGA